CAGGGAGCCCUGUGUGUUUUCUUGAGUCCUUGGAGAGUCUAGGCCGCCGGGAUCGCCCCCAGGCGCCGCUCCUGGGCUCGGUGGUUCCUUGGCCUAGUGUGCUUUGGGUAUCCGGUCAGCGCCUCGGCCUUGAGUUCACCUGGAUGAACACCAGAAACUUUGGGGGCAAGUGGAAAUCAGGAAGGGGAUGCAUUCACGCAGAUCAGACGAGCGUGCCAGGGAAAGAGAAACCUGCACGUGGGAUGUUUCUGGUGGUCUAGUCUCAGAAACUUUAUCUCCAGUCUCCACCAUGAUUCCCUUCCAAACCCAGUGGUGCCCAGUUGCCUCCAGGCUUCAGACUCCUAUGUGGACAAGAAAAGCUUACUAAGGAAAUGGUAAUUCUCCAGUUGCUCCCUGAGGUGGUAAGUGGCCCGUUGCAGCCCAUGGAGAUCCACUUCAAUUAUGAAUCUCAAGAACACCGCCUUCUGUCAGAUGGUGAGACUAAGACCAAGAUUGGAGAGGUGGCUUCAGAGGAGGAAAUUACAACAAAAAUUGAACCAUUGCCUGAAGAGUCUGGCAACCCCAGAAAUGAUGUUCUCCAGGAUUCUGAAUGCAGAGGAUUCUGUGAAUUUGGAGAUACAUUAAAUGAAAAGGAUCAAAAUCUCUUUAACAGAAGACAACAUAACUGUGAUGAAUGUGGGCAAAGCUUUGCUUGGAGUGCAGGCCUUAUUAGGCAUCGAAGAACCCAUUGGGAGAAACCCUAUGAAUGUGAUAAGUGUGGAAAGGCCUUUAGUGUGAGCUCAGCUCUGGUUCUGCAUCAGAGAAUUCAUACUGGGGAGAAACCCUAUCCGUGUACUUGGUGUAUUAAAAGUUUCAGUCGGAGCUCAGACCUUAUUAAACAUCAAAGGGUCCACACUGGUGAAAAACCUUAUAAAUGUGAUGAAUGUGGGAAAGCCUUCAGUCAGAGUUCUGAUCUUAUUAUCCAUCAGAGAAUCCAUACAGGAGAAAAACCCUAUCAGUGCAGUCAUUGUACUAAAAGCUUUAGCCAGCGCUCAGACCUGGUUAAGCAUCAGAGAAUCCAUACUGGAGAGAAGCCUUACACGUGUAACCAGUGUAACAAACAUUUUAGUCAGAGUUCUGAUGUUAUUAAACAUCAAAGAAUCCACACUGGAGAGAAACCAUAUAAAUGUGAUGUGUGUGGAAAAGCCUUCAGUCAGAGCUCAGAUCUUAUUCUGCAUCAGAGAAUCCACACUGGGGAGAAACCAUAUCCAUGUAAUCAGUGUAGCAAAAGUUUCAGCCAGAACUCAGACCUUAUUAAACAUCGAAGGAUCCACACUGGAGAAAAACCCUAUAAAUGUAAUGAGUGCGGUAAAGCUUUUAAUCAGAGCUCAGUCCUUAUUCUGCAUCAGAGAAUUCACACUGGGGAGAAACCCUAUCCAUGUAAUCAGUGUAGCAAAACCUUCAGUAGACUUUCAGAUCUUAUGAAUCACCAGCGAAUUCACACAGGAGAGAAACCUUACCCAUGUAGCCAGUGCAGUAAAAUGUUUAGCCGAAGAUCAGACCUUGUUAAACAUCAUAGAAUUCAUACAGGUGAAAAGCCCUAUGAAUGUGAUGAGUGUGGGAAAACCUUUAGUCAGAGCUCAAAUCUUAUUCUACAUCAGAGAAUCCACACUGGAGAGAAACCCUAUCCAUGUAGUGAUUGUUCUAAAAGUUUUAGUCGUCGUUCAGACCUUGUUAAACAUCAAAGAAUACACACUGGAGAGAAGCCGUACGGGUGUAACCAGUGCAGUAAAAGUUUUAGUCAAAGCUCAGACCUCACUAAACAUCAGAGAGUGCACUCUGGGGAAAAGCCCUAUCAUUGUGAUCAUUGUGAGAAAGCCUUCAGUCAGAGUUCUGACCUUAUUCUUCAUCAGAGAAUUCACACGGGAGAAAAACCGUACCCAUGCCCACAGUGCAACAAAAGUUUCAGCCAGAACUCAGACCUCAUCAAACAUCAGAGAAUCCACACUGGGGAGAAACCAUAUAAAUGUCUUGAAUGUGGAAAGGCUUUCAGUCAGGGCUCAGCUCUUAUCCUACAUCAGAGGAUCCACACUGGGGAAAAACCAUAUUCAUGUGACCAGUGUGGCAAAAGCUUUAGUCGGCGCUCUGAUCUCAUUAACCAUCAAAAAAUCCACGCUAGUGAAAAGCCAUAUAAAUGCGAUGCAUGUGGGAAAGGCUUCAGCACAUGCACUCAACUUACUGAACACCAGGGAAUCCACACUGGGGAGAAACCCCACCGGUGUAGUCAGUGCAACAGAAGUUUUAGCCAGCUCUCUGAUCUUAUUGAUCACGAGAUAGUCCAUUCUGGGGAAGACAGUCUAAAUGUGAUGAAUGUGGGAAAACCUUUGGAGUAUACGCCAACUUUACUCGGUACCAGAGACACUACACCAGAAAAAAAUCUUAGGAAUGCUAUUGAUGAUUAUGAAAAAGGUUUUAAUCAAUGCUCAACUCUUUUGCUACAGUAAGGGGGAAAAAAACCACUGGACAGAAAAUAAUUUUUACAAUGAAAGUUUCACUGAGAGACAUAACUAAAUUUAAAAAUUCUGAGGAGGAAUCCUGUAAUUGGGAAAAGCUUCAAUGUGAACAAAAAUGUUACUGAAGGUCAGCAACAAUGGAAAGGAAUUUCUGUCCGCUAAAAUGUAAAAAACAAACAAA